AUGUGGUCUGCGAGUUUUGAUUUUGCAAAUGAGGUACUGAAAACUAUACCUCUAUGGAUCCAGUUGCCAAAGCUGCCGUUAAGCUGUUGGGAGGAUGAUUCAUUAAGCAGAAUUGGAAGCACGUUGGGAAUUCCUAUAUAUGCAGAUGCGUGUACAACAAGAGUUGAACGUAUUUCGUAUGCUCGAAUUCUGGUAGAAAUGGAUGUGACAAAGCCAUUACCAAAACAAAUCAAGGUUGAAGAUCCUAAUAGGAGAGAAUUUGAACAAGAGGUGUGGUAUGACUGGUUGCCACAAUAUUGUACAAAAUGUUUGCAACUAGGACAUAUUUGUCAAGAGCAACAGAAGGAGGAAGUAAAGCAGAAAGGUCGAGAGUUGAAACCAAAGCAAUUUUGGAGGAAAAAGGAACAAGGAACAAAGAAGCAGGACAUUGUGGCUGAAGUGAAUAAUAAAAGGGAAGAGGGUAAAAAUAUAGAAGGAGUACAAUCAAAAGAGAUAAUCAAAUCACAAGAGCAAAAUGAGGAAGAGGGAUGGCAGAUAGUUAAGGAAAAGUCAAUAGUAAGAUUUGGAAAACAUGGAGGGAAUAGUAUGGGGGCAAUAAUGAAUGGAGGGAGUACACCUGAACCUACAAGCUCCCUGAUGAUAGGCAUGGGUACCAGUAGUAGUAAUAGAUGGGAGGUGAUGAAGGAGUAUGAAGCACCUUUUAUUCCCAGAUGA